AUCGCCUGAUAAUCCGACUGCGCAGGAUCCGCAUGAUACGGUACUUCAAUUACAUUUUUUUUUUAAAAAAGAAGGAAUUUCUAAUUUGUUUUGCUUUUUUACUUUUGGAAAUUUCGCACCACGACAACGAGAUCCCCGCCGAACGUCGCUGAUAAGUAAGAGAAGAGUCGAAGCUCGCGACGGAAGUUGAUGGAGACGAGGGAGACCUAGUCGUAGCGCCGCCGCCGCCGCCGUCCCGGGAAGCUCCGGCGACCGCGUCGAUCUCUCCGUCUCCGGAGCAGCAAGAUGAGCACGCAUGAUUCUGAACAUGGACAGAUCAUUGAAGUGUGUGGAGAUGUGCAAGCCAUGGAAACAAGCCAGGUUGGUAGUAAGGUAUGCACAGAGGCACCUUGUGGUUUUUCAGACGUUAGAAAUAGUUUGAAAGAUGCAAGAGAGAGGUCAAACUCUAUGAAGAAACUUUUGAUUGCGGUGGUGCUUUGUAUUAUCUUCAUGAGCAUAGAAGUAGUUGGUGGUAUUGAAGCCAACAGUCUUGCCAUUCUCACAGAUGCAGCGCAUUUGCUGUCAGAUGUUGCCUCAUUUGCAAUAUCCUUAUUCUCUAUUUGGGCAUCAGGUUGGGAGGCGACUCCACGCCAGUCUUAUGGUUUCUUCCGAAUUGAAAUUCUUGGUGCACUUGUCUCCAUCCAGAUUAUAUGGCUACUUGCUGGGAUUCUUGUGUAUGAAGCAAUAGAAAGACUAAUCAAUGGUACAACAGAAGUUCAUGGCUUUCUCAUGUUCAUUAUUGCUGCCUUUGGUCUUCUUGUGAAUAUUGCCAUGGCACUGUUACUGGGUCACGAUCACAGCCAUGGUCAUGGUCAUGGUCAUGACCAUGGUCAUGGACAUAGUCAUGGGCAUGAUGAUGCACAUGAACAUAGUGAUCAUGCUCAUAGCCAUGAGGAUCAUGGUGAUGUGCAUACUCAUGGAUUAACCGUCAAGAAACAUGACCAUCAUCAUCAUGGAGAAGAUUCUAAAGACCAUGCUGAUCAACAUCAUGACCAUGAAGCAGGUCUAACUGAGCCGCUUUUGCAGACUUGCUCGGAAGCUGAAGGUAACUCAAAACCUGGAACCAAACAGAAGCAGCAACGUAAUAUUAACAUACAAGGUGCUUAUCUUCAUGUACUUGGGGAUUCCAUUCAAAGUGUGGGUGUGAUGAUUGGGGGUGCAAUUAUAUGGAUUAAGCCCGAGUGGAAAAUUGUCGACUUGAUUUGCACACUGAUAUUCUCAGUAAUUGUGCUUUGGACAACAAUAACGAUGCUACGUAACAUUUUGGAGGUUUUGAUGGAGAGUACGCCUAGAGAGAUUGAUGCCACUAGGCUCGAGAGUGGACUUCGCGAGAUGGAUGAAGUGAUUGCAGUCCAUGAAUUGCACAUCUGGGCUAUAACGGUUGGAAAGGUGCUAUUAGCCUGCCAUGUCAAAAUAAGGCGUGACGCCAAUGCGGAUAUGGUCCUGGACAAGGUCGUGGACUACAUCAGAAGAGAGUACAAGAUAAGUCACGUCACCAUUCAAAUAGAAAGAGAGUAGAUUUCGGAAGGUGAAUGAUUUAGUUAUGGCAUUGUAUAUGGAUGGCAGCGUCAAUUUGGCUUCUAAGUUGUUUAGAUAUUGUCAUUUGGAGCUUUUUCUCGUAGCUGGGCCUUUGAGGCCCUUCAGGAGUAUGAUGUAAUGUUCGCUUCUCCUUUGUUGGAAUCUUAUGUUUAAGAGCUCUUUUAUCCAAUAA